AUUUUUCCGCCAUCUUUAUUUAUUAGCUUCCCUAGCCCUGAAGCGCCCGCUGUCAAGCUGCCUCAGCCGUUGGCGCUAGCUAGCUUGAAGCUGGAAUAUAGCCACUAGGAAUGACUUCUAACUUCAUUAUACCUCAGUGACAUUCAGUCAGUGUUAGUGUUACGGAACUGUAGGAGGCAAUGGGGCUGCCGCAGAGCUCGUUUUUGUCGGACGGGGGAACUAAUAGUGGAUAUCAUGUCCACGGGGUUCAGCAGGACUCACCUGCCCUGAAUGCUGGUCUGGAGCCAUUCUUUGACUUCAUUCUCUCUAUAGGACAUACCAGACUUAAUAAGGAAAGCGACCUGCUGAAAGACCUCCUUAAAGCCAAUGUGGAGAAAGCGGUCAAACUUGAGGUGUACAACUCCAAAACCCAGCGGGUGAGGGAACUGGAGGUGACACCCAGUAACAUGUGGGGCGGUCAGGGUCUGCUUGGCGCUAGCGUCCGCUUCUGCAGCUUUGAAGGAGCCAAUGAGAAUGUUUGGCAUGUGUUGGAUGUGGAAGCCAGUUCUCCUGCAGCCUUAGCUGGCCUUAUUGCUCACGAUGACUUCAUCGUGGGAGCUGACCAGGUGUUACAAGAUUCUGAGGACUUCUUCUCUUUGAUUGAAGCCAAUGAGGGGAAACCUCUGAAGCUGCUGGUCUACAACACACAGACGGAUCAAUGCAGAGAGGUCGUGGUGACUCCAAAUGGAGCCUGGGGAGGAGAGGGAAGCUUAGGCUGUGGUAUCGGCUAUGGCUACUUGCACAGAAUCCCAACUCGUCCAGCUCCGCCCAACACCCAGAACAGAAAUACUCUUCAAUCCACAGUGAUUGGCAGCAGUGAAGAGCUGGGUGCAAGUGACCACACUGAGGUGCCUUCAGAAGCUGUGUGUAGCCCCUCGAACGUCAGUAAAGUAGAUUUGAAUCAAAUUGAAGGAGCUGUGCAGGACUUAUGUGUAACCUCACCCACACAGGCUGCUGCAGACUUCGAUAUUUCCAACAUACCCGAAGCAAUGACGCCAGACUUGUCAGACAUGGUUUCCACCAAUGACAUCGGCCAGAGCUCCAUGUUUGCCAAUUAUGGAGAUGACUCAGGUGAUCAGUGCAGCUUGGAUACCUCAUCUCUUGACCAAAGACCUUCAUCUCCAGGGAGGGAAGAAGACUCAGACACCCUGGAGACCGAGCAAGGGCGAGUUAUCGACUUGAUCGCUACCGCUUCCCCGAGCAGAGAGACACCGGACGACCUCAUAGGCCUUGAAGUUACCACGGAGAACCUGAGUGACCUUGAUAUCCGAGAGGCACAAGAAACUAGUUCCGAGCCCUCAAUCCCAGCCAAUAUUAAGGAGGAGGAGACGUCGGAGACUGCUGCGCCUGACAGUUAGGAAGAUGGCUGUACCAGAGUAUAAGUAACCUCUUUCACUCAUAACUGAGCUGCAUUAGAGGAGGUUACAGAAAAGAUGUAUCACUGGAAUUUUAUUUUAUCUAUAUGCAGGAGCCAUUGCUGCAUGCUAAACUGCACAUUUAAGAAAGAUAGUAUGUUGACUGGAAAGCAGGCCGGACAGUUUAUACAAUCUGAAUGUAUUCUUAUGGUUUCGGCAUACUUGAUGUCUCAACCCCGAGCAGGAUGAAGCCUUAGUUGAGUCAUAGUUGCUGUUAAACUCAUCCUAGUUUGCACUAAAAGCCAAAGUUGAAUCAUAUUCUGUUUUGUUGCUCUUAACCAUUGUCGCCUGCUAAAUAGUACGAAACACUGUUAGAAAAAGAGCUGAAGUUCACACAGAUCCAUCAUGUGGUUUUUAUGUUUUGUAUUUUAGAAAUUAAUGUUUUUAUUUUCCCAUGGGAUGAGUUUGAGUUCAGAUGUUAAAAAAAAAAUGUAAUCAGAGUUAAUCUCAGGCAUUUACCAUUUAAGCCUCUUUGCCUUAUGUCUAAUUUUAAAUAGAUUAUGUGUCGGUUUGACUUCUGAUUGGUGUAAAUGAGCGAGCCAUGUUUUCGACGCAGCUCUCUGAUUGUUUUCUGUUUGCCCUCUUUGUAAAGAUUUUAAUUCAAUUAUGUUUCAGAUUUUUAUGGAUGGACAAAAAAAUGUUCAGAUAUUUAUAAAAAGAAGAUGCUCAAGUUAAACCUGCA